AGUCGUCCACCAAAGGCCGCUCAGUUCUCCUGGGCUCCAGCCUCCUGCGAGGACUGCAAGAGGAGGUUUCCUGGCAGCGCCUGGAGUCCCGGCUCCCUCUCCUCGGGCAGAGAAAGGCUGCGGGAAGAGAAGGAGACGCGGUGUGUGGGGAAAUAUGCGUCCUAUUCAAACAUAAUUGAACCUAGAAGCCCAGGGACACACACAUCUUCAGGCUUGCUCAGGGGUUCCUAUCUGGUGCUCAGACAAACUCAAAAUGAGGAGGCACCGACAUUUGCCCUUAGUGGCUGUCGUUUGCCUCUUUCUCUCAGGCUUCUCCAUGACUCACGCCCAGCAACAGCAAGCAGCACAAGACUCUGCUGACAUUAUUUUCCUUAUUGACGGAUCAAACAACACCGGAAGUGUCAAUUUCGCAGUCAUUCGCGACUUCCUUGUAAAUCUCCUUGAGAGACUGUCAGUCGGAGCGCAGCAGAUCCGUGUGGGGGUGGUCCAGUAUAGCGAUGCGCCCAGAACCGUGUUCUCCCUGGACACCUACUCCACCAAGGCGCAGGUUCUAGAUGCAGUGAAGGCCCUCGGGUUUGCUGGCGGGGAGUUGGCCAACAUCGGCCUGGCCCUUGAUUUCGUGGUGGAGAACCACUUCACCCGGGCAGGGGGCAGCCGAGCAGAGGAAGGGGUUCCCCAGGUGCUGGUCCUCAUAAGUGCCGGGCCUUCUAGUGACGAGAUUCGUGACGGGGUGGUAGCGCUGAAGCAGGCUAGCGUGUUCUCAUUCGGCCUCGGAGCCCAGGCCGCCUCCAGGGCAGAGCUUCGGCACAUAGCUACCGAUGACAACUUGGUGUUUACUGUCCCGGAAUUCCGUAGCUUUGGGGACCUCCAGGAGCAAUUACUGCCGUUCAUUGUUGGCGUGGCCCAAAGGCACAUUGUCUUGCAACCGCCAACCAUUGUCACACAAGUUAUUGAAGUGAACAAGAGAGACAUAGUCUUCCUGGUGGAUGGCACAUCUGCUCUUGGACCGGCCAGCUUCAAUGCCAUCCGAGACUUCGUUGCCAAAGUCAUCCAGAGGCUGGAGAUCGGACAGGAUCUUAUCCAAGUGGCAGUGGCGCAGUAUGCAGACACUGUGAGGCCCGAGUUCUAUUUCAACAGCUACCCCAACAAGAGGGAAGUCAUAGCCGCUGUGCGGGCAAUGAAGCCCCUGGAUGGCGCGGCCCUGCACACGGGCGCCGCUCUGAACUUCGUGCGCAACAACCUGUUCACGGACUCUGCUGGCUACCGGGCUGCCGAGGGGGUCCCCAAGCUCUUGGUGCUGCUCACGGGCGGUAAGUCCCUAGAUGAGGUCAGCCAGCCUGCCCAGGAGCUGAAGAAGAGCAACAUCAUGUCCUUUGCCGUGGGGAGCAAGGCUGCCGACCGGGCUGAGCUGGACGAGAUUGCUUUUGAUUCCUCCCUGGUGUUCGCUCCCGCGGAGUUCCGAGCCGCCCCACUGCAAGGCGUUCUGCCCGGCCUGCUGGCGCCUCUCAGGACCCUCUCUGGAACCACUGAAGUUCACGUAAACAAAAGGGAUAUCAUCUUUCUUUUGGAUGGAUCAGUCAACGUUGGAAAAACCAAUUUCCCUUAUGUGCGUGACUUUGUAAUGAACCUAGUUAACAGCCUCGAUGUUGGAAAUGACAACAUUCGUGUUGGUUUAGUGCAAUUUAGUGACACUCCGGUGACGGAGUUCUCUCUAAACACAUACCAGACCAAAUCAGAUUUGCUUGCUCACCUGAGGCAGUUGCAGCUCCAGGGGGGUUCGGGCCUGAACACUGGCUCGGCCCUGAGCUAUGUCCAUGCCAACCACUUCUCCGAAGCUGGCGGCAGCAGGAUCCGUGAACACGUGCCGCAGCUGCUGCUGCUGCUCACAGCCGGGCAGUCCGAGGACUCCUAUUUGCAAGCUGCCAACGCCCUGGCGCGCGCAGGCGUGCUGACCUUUUGCGUGGGAGCUAGCCAGGCGAAUAGGGCAGAGCUGGAGCAGAUUGCUUUUAACCCGAGCCUGGUGUAUCUCAUGGACGAUUUCAGCUCCCUGCCGGCUCUGCCUCAGCAGCUGAUUCAGCCCCUAACCACAUAUGUUAGUGGAGGUGUGGAGGAAGUUCCACUCGCCCAGCCAGAGAGCAAGCGGGAUAUUCUGUUCCUUUUUGAUGGCUCGGCCAACCUCCUGCGCCAGUUCCCUGUGGUCCGAGACUUUCUCUACAAGAUUAUCGAUGAGCUUGACGUGAAGCCCGACGGGACCCGCAUUGCGGUGGCUCAGUACAGCGACGACGUCCGGGUGGAGUCGCGCUUCGAUGAGCACCAGAGUAAGCCUGAGAUCCUGAAUCUCGUGAAGAGGAUGAAGAUCAAGACGGGCAAAGCCCUCAACCUGGGCUACGCCCUGGACUAUGCACAGAGGUACAUCUUUGUGAAGUCCGCCGGCAGCCGGAUCGAGGAGGGAGUGCUUCAGCUGCUGGUGCUUCUGGUGGCAGGAAAGUCGUCGGACCGCGUGGAGGAGCCAGCCAGUAACCUGAAGCAGAGCGGCGUGGUGCCUUUCAUCUUCCAAGCCAGGAACGCGGACCCCGCGGAGCUGGAGCAGAUAGCGCUUUCCCCGGCCUUCAUCCUGGCUGCGGAGUCGCUUCCCAAGAUUGGAGACCUUCAGCCGCAGUUCGUGAAUCUCCUGAAAUCGGUGCACAACGGGGCGCCAGCGCCAGUUUCAGGUGAAAAGGACGUGGUGUUUCUGAUUGACGGCUCCGACGGUGUCAGCAGUGGCUUCCCCCUGCUGAAGGAGUUUGUCCAGAGAGUGGUGGAGAGCCUGGACGUGGGCCCGGACCGGGUGCGCGUGGCCUUGGUGCAGUACAGCGACCGCACCAGGCCCGAGUUCUACCUGAACUCGUACAUGGACCAGCAGGGCGUCGUCAACGCCAUCCGCAGGCUGACCCUGCUGGGAGGGCCGACCCCCAACACCGGGGCCGCGCUGGACUUUGUCCUGAGGAACAUCCUGGUCGGCUCUGCGGGGAGCAGGAUAGCGGAGGGCGUGCCCCAGCUGCUCAUCGUCCUCACGGCUGACCGGUCUGCGGACGACGUGAGGGGCCCCGCGGUGGUCGUGAAGAGGGGCGGGGCCGUGCCCAUCGGCAUUGGCAUCGGGAACGCUGACAUCGCGGAGAUGCAGACCAUCUCCUUCAUCCCAGACUUCGCUGUGGCCAUCCCUACCUUCCGCCAGCUCGGGACCGUCCAGCAGGUCAUCUCCGAGAGGGUGGCCCGGCUCACCCGCGAAGAGCUGAGCAGGCUGCAGCCGGUUUUGCUGCCUCCGACGAGCCCAGGUGUCGGCAGCAAGAAGGACGUGGUCUUUCUCAUCGACGGGUCCCAGAGUGCUGCGCCCGAGUUCCAGUACAUCCGCACCCUGGUCGAGCGGCUGGUGGACUACCUGGAUGUGGGCUUUGACACCACCCGCGUGGCCGUCAUCCAGUUCAGCGAGGACCCCAAGGUGGAGUUCCUGCUGAACGCCCACUCCAGCAAGGAUGAGGUGCAGAACGCGGUGAGGCGGCUGAGACCCAAGGGCGGGAGGCAGGUCAACGUGGGCAGCGCCCUGGAGUACGUGUCCAGGAACAUCUUCAAGAGGCCGCUGGGGAGCCGCAUCGAGGAGGGCGUCCCGCAGUUUCUGGUCCUUGUCUCCUCUGGGAAGUCCGACGAUGAGGUGGACAACUCCGCCGUGGAGCUCAAGCAGUUUGGUGUGGCGCCUUUCACGGUAGCCAGGAACGUGGACCAGGAGGAGCUGGUCAAGAUCGCUCUGAGCCCCGAGUACGUGUUCUCGGUGAGCACCUUCCGCGAGCUGCCCAGCCUGGAGCAGAAGCUGCUCACUCCCAUCACGACUCUCACCUCUGAGCAGAUCCAGCGGAUCCUGGCCAGCACCCGCUAUCCUCCCCCAGCUGUUGAGAGCGAUGCUGCCGACAUCGUCUUUCUAGUUGACAGCUCUGAUGGCGUUAGGUCUGAUGGCAUCGCACACAUUCGAGAUUUUGUGAGCAGGAUUGUUCAGAGACUCAACAUCGGGCCCAAUAAAGUGAGAAUCGGGGUGGUGCAGUUCAGCAAUGAUGUCUUCCCAGAAUUCUAUCUGAAGACUUACAAAUCCCAGGCCCCCGUGCUGGACGCCAUCCGGCGCCUGAGGUUCAAAGGGGGGUCCCCGCUGAACACUGGCAAAGCUCUGGAGUUCGUGGCAAGAAAUCUGUUUGUGAAGUCUGCUGGGAGCCGGAUAGAAGACGGGGUGCCCCAGCACCUGGUGCUGGUCCUGGGUGGGAAAUCCCAAGAUGAUGUUUCCAGGUUUGCACAGGUGAUACGUUCCUCAGGGAUUGUGAGUUUAGGGGUAGGAGACCGGAACAUCGACAGAACCGAGCUGCAGACCAUCACCAAUGACCCCAGACUGGUCUUCACAGUGCGAGAGUUCAGGGAGCUUCCCAGCUUAGACCAGAGGAUCAUGAGUUCAUUUGAACCCUCCGGAGUCACUCCUGCACCUCCAGGGGUGGACCUACGGCCUCCUUCACGGCCAGAGAAGAAGAAAGCAGACAUCGUGUUCCUGUUGGAUGGUUCCAUCAAUUUCAGGAGGGACAGUUUCCAAGAAGUGCUCCGUUUCGCCUCUGAAAUUGUGGACACGGUUUAUGAAGAGGGCGACUCCAUCCAGGUGGGGGUGGUCCAGUACAACUCCGACCCCACAGAUGAAUUCUUCCUGAAGGACUUUUCCACCAAGAGGCAGAUUAUCGACGCCAUCAACAAAGUGGUCUACAAGGGGGGAAGACACGCCAACACCAGGGUGGGCCUUGAGCACCUGCGGCUCAACCACUUCGUGCCCGAGGCGGGCAGCCGCCUGGACCAGCGAGUGCCCCAGAUAGCUUUUGUGGUCACGGGAGGCAAGUCAGCGGAGGACGCUCAGGACGUGAGCCUGGCACUCACCCAGAGAGGGGUCAAGGUGUUUGCGGUGGGCGUGAGGAACAUCGACUCGGAGGAGGUUGGAAAGAUAGCGUCCAACAGCGCCACGGCAUUCCGGGUGGGGAACGUUCAGGAGCUGUCGGAACUGAGCGAGCAAGUUUUGGAAACUUUGCAUGACGCAAUGCAUGAGACCUUAUGCCCAGGCGUGUCUGAUGUUUCCAAAGCUUGUAAUCUGGAUGUGAUCCUGGGGUUUGACGGUUCGAGAGACCAGAACAUAUUUGUGGCCCAGAAGGGCCUCGAGUCCAAGCUGGAAGCCAUCUUGAACAGAAUCAGCCAGAUGCAAAGGAUCAGCUGCAGCGGCAACCAGAUGCCCACCGUGCGCGUGUCGGUGGCGGCCAACACCCCCUCGGGGCCCGUGGAGGCCUUUGACUUCGCCGAGUACCAGCCAGAGAUGUUGGAGAAGCUCCAGAACAUGCGCAGCCAGCACCCCUACGUCCUCACGGCAGACACGCUGAAGAUGUAUCAGAACAAGUUCAGACAGUCCUCGCCCGACAGCGUGAAGGUGGUCAUUCAUUUUACUGAUGGAGUGGAUGGAGAUCUGGCUGAUUUACACAGAGCUUCUGAGGACCUCCGACAAGAAGGUGUCCGAGCUCUGAUCCUGGUGGGCCUCGAACGAGUGGCCGACCUGGAGCGGGUGACCCAGCUGGAGUUUGGGCGAGGGUUCAUGUACGACAGGCCUCUGAGGCUCAACCUGCUGGACCUGGAUUACGAGCUGGCAGAGGAGCUCGACAACAUUGCCGAGAAAGCUUGCUGUGGGGUCCCCUGCAAGUGCUCCGGGCAGAGGGGAGAUCGUGGGCCCCUCGGCAGCAUCGGGCCGAAGGGUAUUCCCGGAGAAGACGGCUACCGCGGCUACCCUGGUGAUGAGGGUGGACCUGGUGAGCGAGGUCCGCCUGGCGUGAACGGCACUCAAGGCUUCCAGGGCUGCCCGGGCCAGAGAGGAGUAAAGGGCUCUCGAGGAUUCCCAGGAGAGAAGGGUGAAAUAGGAGAGAUUGGGCUGGAUGGUCUUGACGGCGAGGAGGGAGACAAAGGAUUGCCCGGCUCUUCUGGAGAGAAAGGGAACCCUGGAAGAAGGGGUGAUAAAGGCCCCAAAGGGGACAAAGGAGAAAGAGGAGACGUUGGCAUUCGCGGUGACCCGGGUGAGUCAGGACAGGACAGCCAGCAGAGAGGACCCAAAGGAGAAACCGGUGACAUCGGCCCCAUGGGUCUCCCAGGGAGAGACGGAGUAUCUGGAAGUCCUGGAGAAAAUGGGAAGAAUGGCGGCUUUGGCCGAAGGGGCCCUGCGGGAGCGAAGGGCAACAAGGGCAAUCCAGGCCAGCCCGGCUUCGAGGGGGAGCAGGGGACCCGAGGCGCCCAGGGCCCAGCUGGUCCCACUGGUCCUCCAGGCUUGAUAGGAGAACAAGGCAUUCCUGGAGCUCGGGGACCUGUAGGUAACGCCGGUGCCCCUGGAGAACGUGGCAGAAGUGGUCCCCUGGGAAGAAAGGGCGAGCCCGGAGGCCCAGGACCAAAGGGAGGCAUCGGGAACCGCGGCCCCCGAGGGGAGACGGGAGAUGACGGACGGGACGGAGUUGGCGGUGAAGGACGCAGAGGCAAAAAAGGAGAAAGAGGAUUCCCUGGCUACCCAGGACCAAAGGGCGGCCCUGGCGAGCCGGGGGCAGAUGGGACGUCAGGACCCAAAGGCAUCAGAGGCCGGAGGGGAAAUUCCGGACCUCCAGGAAUAGUCGGGCAGAAGGGAGACCCCGGCUACCCAGGACCGGCUGGUCACAAGGGCAACAGAGGCGACUCCAUCGAUCAAUGUGGCCUUGUGCAAAGCAUCAAAGAUAAAUGUCCUUGCUGCUAUGGGCCCCUGGAAUGCCCCGUCUUCCCGACAGAGCUGGCCUUUGCUUUAGACACCUCCGAAGGUGUCACCCAAGACACGUUUAACCGGAUGAGAGACGUGCUCCUGAGUAUCGUGGGCGACUUGACCAUCGCCGAGAGCAACUGCCCACGGGGGGCCCGAGUGGCCGUGGUCACCUACAACAAUGAGGUGACCACGGAGAUUCGGUUUGCUGACUCCAAGAGGAAGUCUAUCCUCCUGGACAAGAUUAAGAACCUUCAGGUGGCUCUGACCUCCAAACAACAGAGUCUGGAAACCGCCAUGUCAUUCGUGGCCAGAAACACGUUUAAGAGAGUGAGGAACGGAUUCCUGAUGAGGAAAGUGGCCAUAUUCUUCAGCAACAGGCCCACGCGCGAGUCCCCACAGCUCAGAGAGGCCGUGCUGAAGCUCUACGACGCGGGGAUCACGCCCUUGUUCCUUACGAGCCAGGAGGACCGGCAGCUCGUCAACGCUCUGCAGAUCAAUAACACGGCGGUGGGGCACGCACUUGUGCUGCCCGCGAACAGAGACCUCGCAGACUUCUUGAAGAACGUCCUCACGUGCCACGUUUGCUUGGACAUCUGCAACAUUGACCCGUCCUGUGGAUUCGGCAGCUGGAGGCCUGUCUUUAGGGACAGGAGAGCGGCAGGGAGCGACGUGGACAUCGACAUGGCUUUCAUCUUGGACAGCUCUGAGACCACCUCUCUGUUCCAAUUCAACGAGAUGAAGAAGUACAUAGGGUACCUGGUCAGACAGCUGGACAUGAGCCCAGACCCCAAGGCCUCCCAGCACUUCGCCAGAGUGGCUGUCGUGCAGCACGCGCCCUACGGGUCCGUGGGCAAUGCCAGCGUGCCGCCCGUGAAGGUGGAGUUCUCCCUGACUGACUAUGGCUCCAAGGAGAAGCUGGUGGACUUCCUCGACAGGGGGAUGACACAGUUGCAGGGAACCAGGGCCUUGGGCAGCGCCAUCGACUAUACCAUAGAGAACGUCUUUGAAAGCGCGCCGAACCCUCGGGACCUGAAGAUCGUGGUGCUGAUGCUGACGGGCCGGGUGCAGGAGCAGCAGCUGGAGGAGGCCCAGAGAGCCGUCCUGCAGGCCAAGUGCAAGGGCUACUUCUUCGUGGUUCUGGGAAUUGGCAGGCAGGUGAACGUCAAGGAGGUUUACGGCUUCUCCAGCGAGCCGAACGACGUCUUCUUCAAGCUGGUGGAUAAGUCGACCGAGCUCAACGAGGAGCCUCUGAUGCGCUUUGGGAGGCUGUUGCCGUCGUUUGUCAGCAGUAAGUCCUGCGUCGCACGGCGGGCACCCUGGCCCCGGCUCUAUGUGAGCCCACACCCAAACAUUCCAAAUAAUGUCACUGCAAGUCCUACAUCCAAGCCAGCGACCACGAUGAAGCCAGUGACCACAACAAAGCCGGUGACCACCACGACAAAGCCAGUAACUAUCGUAAAUCUGCCAUCUGUGAAGCCAGCCCCUCCGAAGGAGCCAGCCCCUGCAAAGCCAGCCCCUCCAAAGGAGCCAGUGCCUGCAAAGCCAGCCCCUCCGAAGGAGCCGGCCCCUGCAAAGCCAGCCCCUCCGAAGGAGCCAGCCCCUGCAAAACCUGUGGCUGCCAAGCCUGUGGCCACAAAGACGGCCACGGUCAGACCUGCGGUAGCGGCGAAGCCAGUGGCAGCAAAGCCUGCAGCAGCAGCGAAGCCAGCAGCUGUGAGACCCCCUGCUGCUCCUGCAAAACCAGUGGCCACCAAGCCCGAGGCUUCUAGGCCACAGGCAGCCAAACCAGCCACCACCAAGCCAGCCACUGCGAAGCCCGUGGCGAAGGCGUCCCGGGAAGUGCAGGUGUCCGAGAUCACGGAGAACAGCGCCAGGAUCCACUGGGAGAGGCCCGAGACCCCGAGUUCUUACUUCUAUGACCUCACAGUCACCUCAGCCCACGAUCAGUCCCUGGUUCUGAGGCAGAACCUCACGGUCACCGACCGCGUCGUCGGGGGCCUGCUCGCCGGGCAGAUGUACCACGUGGCGGUGGUCUGCUACCUGAAGUCGCAGGUCAGAGCCACCUACCACGGCAGUUUCAGUACAAAAAAAUCUCAGCCGCCACCUCCACAGCCAGCAAGGUCAGCUUCUAGUUCAACCAUCAAUUUAAUGGUGAGCACAGAACCAUUGGCUCUUACCGAAACAGAUAUAUGUAAGUUGCCGAAAGAAGGAGGGACUUGCAGGGAUUUUAUACUAAAAUGGUACUAUGACCCAAAGACCAAAAGCUGUGCAAGGUUCUGGUACGGAGGCUGCGGCGGAAACGAAAACAACUUCGAAUCACAGAAAGAAUGUGAAAAGGUUUGCGCUCCUGUGCCCGCCAAGCCUGAAGUCCUGAGCGCGAUUGGAACCUAAGCGUGGCUCGCCAGCGACAUAUACCUCUUGAGGAAGAAGGAGUCAGCCGUUGCCAACUCGUCUCUGUAGAAGCUCCGGGUGUAGGUCCCCUGGCACUGUACCAUUCCACGCUUUGAUUUACACUCGAGCCGGGGAGGAAGCCUUCUGCUGCAUGCCCUCUCGAUAUGGUGCUAACUGUGUCUGUGGACCCGGCACUCUCGUCUCCCGGCAGUUCUAUCGUAUGCCUUGAACAUUGUGUAAUAGUUACCCACUGCUGGUGGUGAUGUGAACAUUCCUAUACACUCAGCUUCCCUCUGGAGUUCCGUGUUGUGCCUGUUUUAGGCAAAUGUAAAGUCUAGAAAAUAAUCCAGAUGUCACGGCUGCUCUAUAUCCUUUCGCUUGGUUCAUUUUUUCUCCUCUUUCUAGUUAAGCGAGACUUUAGAUGGAAAGCCUGUGUAUAGCGGAGAAACAAGCGUUCAAUUUGUCAUUCCCCCCUAACUUCCUGGAUUAGCGUUCGAGCUAAUUUUCUUUUUCUGAGGCCUCUAACAAAUGAUGUAGUUAGAAAGAAGCAAAAUCCCUUGCUCUGUGUGCACCUUUGGGACCAAUGCCUUAAUUAAAGAAUUAAAAGAAAGUCAUAAUAGAGAAUAUUUUUGGCAUUCCUCUAAUGUUGUGGUUUUUUUCUUUUGUGCGGGGUGGGGGAUUAAUUUUAAUUUUAAAAUUUUUAGGAAAUUUAUACAAAGAAACUUUUUAAUAAAGUCUAUUGAAAGU